AUGGAGGAUGACAGAAAAAUCUAAUGGCGUGAAGAGCUCCCCAGCCAAUAAUCACAACCAUCAUGCACCUCCUGCUAUCAAGGUCAAUGGCAAAGAUGACCGCAGGACCAGUAGCAGGCCACAGUCUGCGGCUGAAGAUGACACCUCCUCAGAACUGCAGAGACUGGCAGAGAUGGAUGCCCCCCAACGGGGGAGGGGUGGUUUCCAAAGGAUCGCCCGCCUGGUGGGGGUCAUCAGAGAGUGGGCCAACAAGAAUUUCCGUGAGGAAGAACCUAGACCCGACUCAUUCCUCGAGCGUUUCCGUGGGCCUGAACUCCAGACUGUGACGACACAGCAAGGGGAUGGCAAAAGCGACAAGGACGGCGAGGGCAAGGGCACCAAGAAGAAAUUUGAGCUAUUUGUCUUAGAUCCAGCUGGGGACUGGUACUACCGUUGGCUCUUUGUCAUCGCCAUGCUUGUCCUCUACAACUGGUGCCUGCUGGUGGCCAGAGCCUGCUUCAGUGACCUACAGAAAGGCUACUACCUAGUGUGGCUGGUGUUGGACUACUUCUCAGAUGCAGUCUACAUCGUGGAUCUCUUAAUCCGAUUGCGCACAGGUUUCCUAGAGCAAGGGCUGCUGGUCAAAGAUACCAAGAAGUUGCGAGACAACUACAUCCAUACCUUGCAGUUCAAGCUGGAUAUGGCUUCUAUCAUCCCCACAGACCUGGUCUAUUUUGCUGUAGGCAUUCACAACCCUGAGCUGCGCUUCAAUCGCCUGCUACACUUUGCUCGCAUGUUUGAAUUUUUUGACCGCACUGAGACACGCACUAGUUAUCCCAACAUCUUCCGCAUCAGCAACCUGGUUCUCUACAUCUUGAUCAUCAUCCACUGGAAUGCCUGCAUUUACUACGCCAUCUCCAAAUCCAUUGGCUUUGGGGUUGAUACUUGGGUUUACCCCAACAUCACUGACCCUGAGUAUGGCUACCUGGCUAGGGAAUAUAUCUAUUGCCUAUAUUGGUCCACACUGACCCUCACCACCAUUGGGGAAACACCACCCCCUGUAAAGGAUGAGGAGUAUCUAUUUGUCAUCUUUGACUUCCUUAUUGGUGUCCUCAUCUUUGCUACCAUCGUGGGAAAUGUGGGCUCCAUGAUCUCCAACAUGAAUGCCACCCGGGCUGAGUUCCAGGCCAAGAUUGAUGCUGUCAAACAUUACAUGCAGUUCCGCAAGGUCAGCAAGGAGAUGGAAGCUAAAGUCAUUAAGUGGUUUGACUACCUGUGGACCAAUAAGAAGACUGUGGAUGAGCGGGAAGUUCUCAAGAACCUGCCAGCCAAGCUGAGGGCUGAGAUAGCCAUCAAUGUCCAUCUGUCCACACUCAAGAAGGUGCGCAUCUUCCAGGACUGUGAGGCUGGCCUGCUGGUGGAGCUGGUAUUGAAGCUCCGUCCUCAGGUCUUCAGCCCUGGGGAUUACAUUUGCCGCAAGGGGGAUAUUGGCAAGGAGAUGUACAUAAUCAAGGAAGGCAAGCUGGCAGUGGUGGCUGAUGAUGGUGUCACUCAGUAUGCCCUGCUCUCAGCUGGGAGUUGCUUUGGAGAGAUCAGUAUCCUUAACAUUAAGGGUAGCAAAAUGGGCAAUCGACGAACAGCCAAUAUCCGCAGUCUGGGCUACUCAGAUCUCUUCUGCUUGUCCAAGGAUGAUCUUAUGGAAGCUGUGACUGAAUAUCCUGAUGCUAAGAAGGUCUUGGAGGAGAGGGGCCGGGAGAUCCUGAUGAAGGAGGGGCUGCUGGAUGAGAAUGAGGUGGCAGCCAGCAUGGAGGUGGAUGUGCAGGAGAAGCUACAGCAACUGGAGACCAAUAUGGAGACCAUGUACACUCGCUUUGGCCGCCUUCUGGCUGAGUACACAGGGGCCCAGCAGAAGCUCAAGCAGCGCAUCACAGUUCUGGAGACCAAGAUGAAGCAGAACAAUGAGGACGAUUACCUUUCCGAUGGGAUGAACAGUCCUGAGCCAGCUGUUGCCGAGAAGCCAUAAGGGCUUGAGCCCAAUUGCCUCUCCAACCUUGGCCUUGACUCAGGAGCUAGAAGAGCUGUGUAGGUCUUCACAUUUGAAUACAUUACCCCCAUGUUGCCUUGAAUUCUCCCAAAGCCUCCGUUCCCAGGUUUUUGGCUCAAUCACCCAGGAGCCCUCCUCUAAAUCCAGCUAACAGCUAAGCUUGUGCACAUUGCAGAUCAUGUUGGCUUGGCUUCCAGGAGGUUCAGCCUGUCCCAGUUUGAGGAAGGAAGAGAAGAGCAGCUG